UCGAGAUUCGCGCCAGGAUUUUGAGCCAUGUCGAAAGAUUUGGAGCCGGGCGUCAUUCGAAAGCUGGACGAGGUGGUGGUCAACCGCAUAGCCGCCGGCGAGAUCAUACAGAGGCCCGCCAACGCUUUAAAGGAGCUGCUGGAGAAUAGUUUGGACGCCCAAUCGAGUCACAUUCAAGUGCAGGUGAAGGCCGGAGGUUUGAAGCUUCUCCAGAUCCAGGACAAUGGUACAGGAAUACGGCGUGAGGAUCUGUCCAUCGUGUGCGAGCGCUUCACCACCUCCAAGUUGUCUCGCUUCGAGGACUUGGCCCAGAUAGCGACCUUUGGCUUUAGAGGAGAGGCAUUGGCCAGCAUUAGUCAUGUGGCCCAUUUGAGUAUUCAAACGAAGACGGCGAAGGAAAAAUGCGGCUACAAGGCCACCUAUGCGGAUGGCAUGCUGCAGGGACAGCCGAAGCCGUGUGCUGGCAACCAGGGCACCAUCAUCUCUAUCGAGGAUUUGUUCUACAAUAUGCCGCAAAGGAGGCAGGCGCUUCGUUCGCCGGCCGAGGAGUUCCAGCGGUUGUCCGAGGUUCUGACCAGAUAUGCUGUCCAUAAUCCGAAAGUGGGCUUCACCCUCCGGAAGCAGGGCGAGGCCCAGCCUGCACUAAGGACUCCAGUGGGAAGUUCCCGAGCCGAAAACAUUCGCAUUGUCUACGGCUCAUCCAUUUCCAAAGAGCUGCUGGAAUUUAACCACCGCGAUGACGUCUUCAAGUUCGAGGCAGACUGUCUGAUCACCCAGGUAAACUAUUCGUCUAAAAAGAGCCAGAUGUUGUUGUUUAUCAACCAGCGAUUGGUGGAGUCAGCAGCUCUAAAAACUGCCGUGGACUCGGUGUAUUCCACCUACCUGCCCCGGGGUCAACAUCCCUUUGUCUACAUGAGCCUUACUUUGCCGCCCCAGAACCUGGAUGUGAAUGUGCAUCCCACCAAGCACGAGGUGCACUUCCUCUAUCAGGAUGAGAUUAUAGAGAAAAUAAAGGAGCAGGUGGAAGCUCGUCUUCUGGGUAGCAAUUCCACGAGAACCUUCUACAAACAAUUGCGUCUACCAGGAGCUCCAGAUCUGGAUGAAACACAAUCGGCGGAUAAAACACAGCGAAUCUAUCCCAAAGAACUGGUGCGCACCGAUGCCAGUGAGCAGAAGCUGGAUAAGUUUCUGGCGCCCUUGGUCAAAAGUGAAUCUGGUGGGUCCUUCAGUUCCUCUCAAGAGGCCAAACCCUUGCCAGAUAGGAGUUUCCGUGUGACUGCGGCGAAGAAAACCAGGGAAGUCCGUCUGAGCAGUGUGCUGGAUAUGAGACAGCGCGUGGAGAGGCAGUGCAGUGUCCAGCUAAGGAGCACCCUAAAGAAUAUGGUUUAUGUGGGUUGUGUCGACGAACGACGUUCGUUAUUCCAACAUGAAACUCGCCUUUAUCUUUGCAACACCCGCGUAUUUUGUGAGGAGCUUUUUUACCAGCGGCUAGUUUACGACUUUCAGAACUGUACGGAAAUCACAAUGAAUCCUUCGCUUCCUCUUAAGGAGCUUCUAGUGUUGUCGCUGGACAGUGAGGCUGCCGGAUGGACGCCCGAGGAUGGGGACAAGGCUGAACUGGCGGCCAGUGCUGCGGAGAUCCUGGUGAAAAAGGCGCCCAUUAUGCGCGAGUACUUCGGACUGCGCAUUUCGGAAAUGGGACAACUCGAGUCUCUGCCAAGUUUAGUACCACAAUAUCGACCAAGUAUUGCCCACUUGCCUGUUUACCUUCUCCGGUUGGCCACCGAAGUUGAUUGGGAUCAGGAGGCUCGCUGUUUCGAGACCUUCUGCAGGGAAACUGCGCGUUUUUACUCGCAAUUAUAUUGGCGGGAAGGCUCGGAUGCAGUACAUCCGCGGUGGACUAUGGAGCACGUGAUAUUUCCGGCCUUGAAGAAGUUCCUUUUACCACCGCCACGUCUCAAGGAUCAGAUCUACGAGCUUACCAAUCUACCCACAUUGUAUAAGGUGUUUGAGAGGUGCUAGUGGUUAUCCUUUACAUGCUUUAAUAUCUACUUUUUAAGUUAAACCGUGGGUAUAAUGUUUUCUUUUAACACAAGAUCUCCUUUAUCACAACAUAA